AUGCAUAUCCAGAAUAUCCCACGAGAACACGUCCCGACACUAACCAAAAUCCUCCAGUUCCCUCCCGACGUCGACGUCCGCGAGCACGUCAAGUCGUUGGCAGGUCUCAUCAAGCCCCUACCGUACACCCUACGCACCAGCCGGGUUGAGAGAGUGAUCCUUCGACAGCAGGGAAACCUCUGCGGCCUUCACAAUUUUUUGGACCAUGAGACAGUGGAGACCGUCCUGAGCAAGAUCAAGGUCGAAAUCGGUCCUCGCUUGAACAGCCUCGUCAGUCAAUGCCAGCUCCUCACUCCCGGGCAACGAAAGUGCGUCACGGAACUUCAGCGACUGCACGCUCUUUGGACGCCGCGACGAGAAUUCGAAAUGACAUUCAUUUGCUGCGCCGACGAUAUCAAGUGGAAGUACGAGGCGUCGCAGUGCGAGGCAUGCAUCGUGAGUCGGAUCGCCGGCGAUUUGCAAACCAUGCUCAAUCUGAGAUGUAUGGUGAGAUCGCGCGCGACGAGCAAGCACGUUGCGAAGCAUGGGCUUCCACGUCUGCAAGUCUGGAUCGAGAGUUGGAUCCAGCAAUUGCACCAAUACCUUGCAGCAAAGACCGGGCAGGUUGUGGACCUGGAACAGGACAUUAUCGAGGAGAACGAAAAGGCCGCUGUCGCUCUAAAAGUGGCACGAAGCAAGAUUCAUGAGUUUCGGGUGAAACAGAAUGGCAUCGUUCACGUGAAUUCCUUGAGGCACGGUGAACACGGCGGCCAAAUUGGACAUUCGACGGCACCACCACAACCUCCACCCGCCAACGCCAAUGGCAAUGUUGACGGCGAUAUCGAUGGAGAUAGCGAUUCCGACGUCAGCGCUGAUCCCAGCUCCAAAGGCCACAGUCCAUACGGAGGUCGAAUGUCUCUGAAGCGAGCCAAAGCGGAAACGGUGUACAGUGUCGACAUUGAGAAUCUUGAGGGCGGUCCAUCAGUAUCAAAGUCCCGGCAAUCCGAGACGGAGAGGGGACGAGGGCAGGAGCAAGAGCUGGAGGAGGUACAAGGGCCAUACAUUCCACCCAGACAGAACUGGAAAAGAGAAGCCGUGCCUACGGCCAAGCCGUCUUUGACAGCACAAUCAAACCCACCAGCAGCUCCCGUCUGCAACGACAGCUGGUACACCGAACCAUUGACGAGCAGUCAAGUCUCACGGGCACCUUCGACGACCUUGUAUCUGCGUCCCCAGCAAGCACAAGCAGCAGCAACACCAGCAGCACAGUCACACCCAAUCCAGGAUGCAGGAGGUCCGGCAGAGACGUAUGAGAAUUUGAUAGGAUCUUUCCCGACCGAUUCUGUCAUUGAGGAUAUUGAGCCAAACAGAGGAGAGAGAUCGAGUGAGUGUGGGCCAAAGCCGACUGUCGAAACAUUACCACGAACCACUUAUGAUCCUCACUCACACUCGAACACUCGAGCAUCAUCGACAGCCAUCUAUACACACACCAUGGUCAGCGACACCACGUUCAAGAACUUGGGGCAAGGUAGUGCGGCUACGACGGCCAUCUUUAUUUUGGAUGACGGUAGCAAGCCUCGUGCGGUUUCUUCUUCUUCUUCCUCCGCACCAUCACGACAGCCAUCUCAACCAUCUGAUGACACAUGUUCCUCGAGGUGGGAAGAUUUCUACGAAAGUCAAGCCCGACUGCGUGAUGAUUUGAAUUGGUUUUAUCACCGGAAAAACUCGUAG